AUGACUCUUAAUUGGGAUUUCAUGGUGAUUUCUAGUUCCUCAAAGCAUGCUAUAGUUAUCUUUGCCGCUUUAAUACUGUUGAGCAAUAGAGCAAACUGUGAUGAUUCUCUACAUGCCAACAAGGGGAACACCUGCCUAGAGAGUGAAAGGAGAGCUUUGAUUGCCAUCAAGAGCGAUAUGUAUGAUCCUGGCGAGUGGUUAUCUUCAUGGACCGGCUAUGAUUGCUGCAAGUGGAGAGGAGUUGCUUGCGACAAUGUUAGUGGUUAUGUCACUAGGCUUGACCUUCAGUAUCCAUGGGUGGAGAGUAUUGGUGCGAGCAAGGUAAAUCCUUCUCUGUUUGAACUGAAGCAUUUGAGAUAUCUGGAUUUGAGCUUUAAUAACUUCUCAUAUGCGCACGUGCCCCACAUGAUUGCCUCACUUGUGCACUUGGAAUACCUUAACCUCUCCAAUGCCUUUUUUUAUGGAUUAAUUCCUCCUGUAUUAGGGAAUCUUUCCCACAUACAACACCUUGACCUUGGAAAUUGUUAUACUUAUACAUAUCCAAGUACUCUAUUCUCAAAUAACUUGAGUUGGCUCUCCAACUUAAAUUCUCUACAAUAUCUCGACAUGAGUUGUGUCAACCUCUCUAAAGCAACCAAUUGGCUCCACCAAAUUAAUUUGAUUCCUACUCUACAAGUGUUGCUUUUGGGGGAUGCAAAUCUCCCACCUGUUCCGCCUUCUUUACCCACAAUUAACCUCACAUCCCUCACCAUGCUCGAUCUCAGUUGGAAUGAAUGGAACAUCAGCGCUUCCAUGUUGAGGUGGCUGUCUCAUGCCAGUAAUCUUGAACACCUCGAUCUAUCUGGAUGCUGGGUGUUUGAAGCCGAGGCGCUUUCAGUUGCUUUGGGAGCUCUGCAUAAUUUGAGGAAGCUAGUUUUGGUCGAUACUCAAAUAGCAGGAGAAUUUUCUACAAUUCUGAAGAAUGUUAGCAGAAUGUUGCAAUAUUUAGUUUUGCAAUGGAAUUUCUUAUUAUCUGGAGAAAUUUCAACAAUUUUGUCGAUCCUUCCGCGCCGACUGGAGUUCUUAGCUUUAGACGGUAAUAACAUCUAUGGGAGAAUCCCAGAGAUGUUAGGGAAUUACACAAGCUUGAGACACUUGAGUAUGUACUACACUCGAAUAACUGGAGAUAUUCCAAGAACAAUAGGGAAACUUAUCCAUUUGGAAUGUCUUGAUUUGUCUCAAAAUGAUAUAACAGGAGAGAUGCCAUCGAACGUAGGAAACCUUCCAAACUUGGAAGAGCUAUAUUUGAUCGAAACCAACAUCACAGGAUCGAUACCAGAGAGUCUUGGUAAUGUUAGUUCCUUGAAGUAUUUGGGUUUGUUUGGAAAUAAGAUUACUGGAGAAAUACCAAAAACUUUGGGGAGUCUUCAUAAUAUGUCAGGAUUAGAUUUACACGCCAACCUUCUGACUGGGCAAAUACCAACAACGAUUGGUAGAAUUUCUAACCUGCGUUAUUUGGAUGUAUCAGAGAACCACUUAACUGGAGAAAUACCAACAACGAUUGGUAGAAUUUCCAACCUACGUCAUUUGGAUGUAUCAGAGAACCACUUAACUGGAGAAAUACCAAAGACUUUUAGCCGCCUAUGCAACCUAUGGAUGCUAGAUCUGUCAUUAAACAAUAUCAUCGGAGAGUUAGCAGAUCUACUUGAUGGCUUAUCUAAUUGUCCACAAGGAGCAGUGUUAUCAUCCUUAAGCAUUGGCGACAAUAAUAUGAGUGGAAGUAUUCCAUCCAACCUUGGACUGUUAGCUCACUUACAGGAACUGGACCUCUCCUCAAAUUCCCUCCAAGGACAUUUCAGGGCUAUGUUUCAAGAUUAUACCAAUUCUAACCCAUGCCAUGAUAAUAAUCUUCAAUGUGCAAUGGCACCUAUGGGCUCUUAUAGACCAAAGGAUAAGAUCCUAAUAACUGCCAAAGGAUCAACCUAUGAAUACAUUAGAAUUCUCUCCCUCGUGACCAGCAUAGACCUAUCGCAUAAUAAUCUUUCUGGUGAAAUCCCAAACGAGCUAAUGAUGCUUCGUGAUUUGCACUUCCUGAGCUUGUCCAACAAUCACUUGACUGGUACAAUUCCUGAAAACAUUGCCUUUUUGACAGAGUUAUUUUCUCUUGACUUAUCAAUGAACAAUCUCACUGGCACAAUUCCCUCCAACUUGUCUGCUCUAAACUUUCUCAGUCACUUGAAUCUCUCUUUCAAUAACUUGUCCGGAAGAAUCCCAACCGGGAAUCAAUUUUUAACCUUCGAUGACCCUGCGAUAUACGCUGGCAACAAGGACCUUUGUGGUUGGCCACUACCCGAGUGUCCUAGUGAUGAAGCCCAGCGAGGUCCACUUCAUGCAAAAGAUGAUGAUGAUGGUAAUGGCAGCAAGCUUGAAAAAGUUCUGGAUUAUGCCUUCAUUGCUAUGGGAUUUAUAAUCGGAUUUUGGGCAUAUUGGGGCGCAAUGAUCAUGAAAAAGUCCAUCAGAAUUGCUCUCUUCCAGAUGGCGGACAGGAUUUACGACUGGAUCUAUGUUCAACUCGCAGUGAAGUUUGGAAGGUGA